GAGACCCGAAGUACGGGGAUCCCGGGCCUGGAGCUCAUGACUUGCCUUCAGCCCAUUGGUUUGAGUUACUCAGUCGGUAUUCCAGGCUCGCUGACAAAUGGAUGACAGCGACUCUAAAGAGUUUAAUGGCAGCGGCGAUAAUUUUGGAGCUGAACAUCUCAAAAAGAGAAAUUUGUCUGGUUCUAAUUCAUCAAAAGAGAUCAGGAGAGCUGUUGAACAGUGUCUGUCGUCAUCUUCAAGUACUCUUGAUAUCAGCAGAAAAAAUAUUAAGCAUCUUACUAAGGAAAUACAUAGACUGCCCAGCAUAAAGUACUUUCAUCUGGAAGGAAAUGUCAUAUCAAUGAUUCCUGAGGAUUUAUUUCAAAAGCUGCCACAUCUUGUUUGGCUGGAUCUCCGGUAUAACAAGAUUAAAGCUCUUCCCCCUGGAAUCGGUUACCACAGGCAAUUGAAAACUCUGCUUUUAGAAAGGAAUCCUAUAAAAGAGCUACCCACAGAGCUUGGAAACUUAACUUCGUUGACAGCCUUGAAUCUGAGACACUGUCCCCUUGAAUUUCCACCUAAAGAUGUCAUACAAAAGGGAUUAAAAUCCAUCCUGUGCUUUCUCCGGGAUUCUGGGAAUGGAAAACUGCUCUGUACGGAGCCAACCGCUUCAGAAAUGCCACCUGUUGAAAAGCUGAACUUAAGUGAACUGUUACAGUCCAGUUUGGAUUUGUCAGAUGAGUGGCCUAAUGAAGAGGAAAAGCAAAGAUUUCAGAAGCUGAAAGAAGAAAUUAUAAAAGAUGAAAAAGAAGGAUUUCUUACUUACGAACGUGUAGGUGCAACCCAUGAUUUUAUUGAAGCAGGGAAAAACCACAGAAAGAAAGAACAGCUCUACUUGGAGUCAGCUAGCCUUUGCAGGACAGUUCAGGCAAAGCGAGCUGAAAAGUGCAGAUCGGUAGCAGAAAAGGAGCUGGAAGAGGAACAAGCUUUAUUUGAACAAACAAAAAACAAUAAAGAAAUGCUUCAGGAAUGGCACAGCCAAGUGAAGUUGAUGGAAGAAGAAAAAGAAACGUUUAGAUUUUCACCUAUAAAUGCAGAUAUGAUACCAAAAAAUGCACCGCAUGCUACUGAUAACAUCAGUUACUACACCGUGGAAGAGGGAGCUGAGAAACGGGAGCGUACACCUGAAAUAACGGAAGAAAGGUUGUUGAAAGUAAAAGAUGAAGCUACAAGAUCCCUCAGAGAAAAGAAACUGGAACAGCGCGUCAAACAGCACACACAAAUGAUGAAAGCAAGAGGAGAAAAAUUAAAAGGAACAUCCCAAGUAGAAAUGAAGAAAGCAAAACAAGACAUUGAGACAGUUGAAGAUCUACAGACCAAGCUAGCAAAAACAAAAAGAGGACUCCUUCUCCGGGAGUAUCGUCUCACGGCCUUCACGGGGGAGUUCCCACCUGACUCACCAAGGAUGCAGACUCAAAAGAUCUUUUCCAGUAGCAAAUUUUGAUUGCCUGGAAUUGUUAAAGCGUGAAAUGCUUAUUUGAUAAGAAUGAGAAUUACAAAAGCCUCCUCUUCCCACUUAGUCUUCCCGACUGCAUUUGACAAUGUUAAACCUAUAAUGAUGAUCAAUCUGCUUUAACUGACUGUAAAAUUUGUCUCUUUUAGAAGAUUUGUGGUACAGUGUUGUGAAGUGUUUUCUUCAGCCUCUCUGCACAUUUUCUCAAGCACGCGUCUAUAGGCUACGAGAAUCCUAUGAAAAUAAAAUUCAAAAAUCAUCCCUAAGGUUUGGAGCAGCCGUUUGUAAUUUUACUAAUAUGAGGAAUUGUGUACUCUUAGUUAACUAAUUUCAUGAGUAACACAUCUCUGGCCUUGCACUGUACGUCCUAGUCAUAUCAGACCAGUCUGGGUUUUCGUGACAAACGCAGUGUUUAAUGUUAAAUUGUAACGUUAGAUUUAAAGCUAGUCUUCAAAUGUAGAAUAACCUUAUUUGCAUUUUACUGUCAUGGAGGCUGCGUCCUUCUCCUGGACAAGAGGAGGCAGGCGGGAGCCCUUCUCAGGGUGCCUGUACUUUGGGUGGGAGCCCUGCUGAUGUUUGGGAGCGGCAGAGCUGCCCCUCUGACCCCUGGGAGCCUUUGGGGGGGCCCCUCGGAUGCCGGCCGCAGGGAGAGCGGGGGAUCGGAGAGCACAGGCAAGCAAGAAGCGAUAACAGCCGAGCCCGAAUCCCAGCAGAGUCGCUCCCUUGAGAGAUGUGGAACUACGCAGCGCUACGACUGGAGUUACCAGGAUGGGAUAUCAGGAGCUUUUACCUUCCACUGCCCCAAAACAGCAGCAAUACUUUGGAGAGGGCUUUAUUACAGAAAAGCGUUACAGGGGCUGAACCAGUGCCAGUGAUCUUCCAGUACCGCAGGAGCCCCGGGAAGGGGGUCACUCAAGUUCACAAAUAGCAGAGGCCUGCCUCCCUCCCU